CAAUGGCAAUUGCUUAAAAUUUAAUCGUGUUUAUAUUGUUUUUGUGUACAAGAGAUGAUAAGAGCUACAGGUUUUAUCUAAUUACAGUUUUGCCAAUAUUGAAGCAUUGAUAUUGGUAGCACUGCCUUUGUUAGACCAACUACAAUGGCUCACUCUCAAGGUUAUUUCUCUAUGUCUUUUAUCUUACUAAGCACAAUUUGCAUAAUUAAUUUUGCCAUUGGAGAAAGCAAAGGUGUCGAUGUUCAAGAAGCGCUGCCAGGCAAGCUAAAAUUUGCCCAUGUGAUUUUUCGACAUGGCGAUAGAAUGCCAGUUGACCCAUACCCUACAGACCCUUGGAAUGAUCGCAAGUACUGGCCUAAUCUAUGGGGUCAAUUGACAAAUCGUGGUAAGCAACAACACUACGAGCUAGGCAAAUGGCUACGUCAGCGAUACAGUGCACUUUUGAAUGCCACAUAUAGCAGGGAGGAGAUUUAUGUGCAAUCCACCGAUGUAGAUCGCACGCUGAUGAGCGCUCAAGCUAAUUUAGCAGGAUUGUAUGAACCCGUUGGUAGUGAUGUGUGGAAUAAGGAGAUUAAAUGGCAACCAAUACCAGUGCAUUCACUGCCAGAAGAGGAAGAUGUGAUACUUGCUGCCAAGGCGCCAUGUCCAGCCUAUGACUACGCUAUGAAAAAUAUGUUAGAAUCUUCGGAGAUGCAAGCUAUGCUAGCAAAGUACAAGGAACUCUUUAGCUAUAUUGAAAGCAAUAGCGGGCGAUCAAUUAAAACAUUCUUGGAUGCACAGUACAUAAAUAAUACAAUGUUCAUUGAGACCCUCUACGGCAAAGCGUUGCCCGUGUGGGCACAAAAGAUUUAUGGUAGCGCCGAUUUUACCGACGUCGCAAAUUUUGCAUUUGCCAUCAAUACGUACACAAGACAGAUGGCACGGCUAAAGGUUGGCCCACUGCUAAAAGAUAUACUGCAACGAAUGGAAAAGAAGACGACGAAGCAACUCAAACCUGACCGCUCUGUAUACAUAUAUAGUGCACAUGACACAACAGUUGCCAACUUAUUGAAUGCACUCAAGUUGUUUGACGUGCACAGUCCACCAUAUGUGGCGUGUAUAUUAAUGGAAUUGCGCGUGGAUGAUAACGAAAAGCCCUCGGUCUCUGUUUACUACAAGAACACUACAGCUGAGCCCCAGGCCAUGGACAUACCUGGCUGUGGUAAAUCUUGUCCCCUCAACAAGAUGUUUGAAUUGUAUCAGGAUGUGUUGCCAGCUAAUUGGGCAGAUGAGUGCAAGCUUUCUACAAUGGCCAUGACAUAUGAGGAUGCCAACUUGGGCGCUGCCACAGGUAUACUCAUUGUUAUCAUUGCCGUUUUACUCUGCGUCAGCUAUGGCCUAAUGAUCUUCUAUCGUCGCCGCAACUAUAAUUUUAAUACGCCCUAUGAUGAAAUGGCGUAAAAUAUGUUACAAAAUACGAGCGCAUCAAAUUACAUUUUGUGUUGCAGACUUUGUUACAAAUUGUCUGAAUUUAUAUAGACUGUUUUCUUGUUCUCAAUUUAUACAUUUACAUUAUUACUCCAUUUGUUGCCAUGCGGAUAGUUACAAACUUAAAUUGAAUGCAUUUAAUGUUAUAUGAUGCGCACCUAUGAAUUGAUGACACUGUUUUCUUUUAGUUCAAAGAUAAUGGAAAUGAAAAAGCAAAGACUGUGAAUAAGUUAUCCUCAUGUAAAAACAUGCGUGCAUUUUGCGUAUAAUACAUACACACAAAAUAUAUUAAAACAUAUGUAUAAAGCACUUAAGCAUACCUGCAUUUACGAGUAUAGGCUAAAUAUAUAUACAUAAUCGAAUUACGA